AUGUUUGAGAUAACGCUUACAGUGCUCCUCCAUGAAGGAAAUGAUAAGAAAAAUUUCAGAAUCACGUUAACUGCAGCUGCAAUCACGCCCGUGAACGGCAACUUAUUGACACAUGUUACUCAUGCUGAUGCACAGAGCUUUUUGACAGCUCCGUCAUCAGUAGUUCAAUUCACUGUUUUCCGUGAACCGGUUUCUUUAAACGCCCAACAUCACUUACAAUUUCAAUAUCAGGAAGAAAUAUUCUAUGUUAAAUUAUGCAAACGUCAAGGUAAAGUCCUUGGAAUUAAACUUGUCGGGAAAAAACAUUUACCUGGACUAUAUGUGCUAGAACUUGUCGCUGGUUGUGAAGCCGAUCUUGAUGGAAGAAUAAAAAGUGAUGAUCGUAUAUUAGAAAUUAAUGGGAUUGAUUUAGAAAAUGGAACACAAGAACAGGCAGCUCAAAUAAUCAAUUCGGUUUCGGAUUAUGUAAUUUUUAAAAUAAGUCGCCGAAAUCGAUCUGAUACACCGGAUAUUUUAAGAACCACAACAGAUUCAGAAGAGAAGUCAGAUAAUAGCUUGUUAGCAUUGGAAUCAUUACGGCUCGGUUCUGAUAAUCAACGUCAACAGAAUAUUAAUAAUAAUAAUACUGGUAAUAGUAAUCGCGAAUCAUCAAACUCAACCCAUAAUUUGGCAUGGUCAAGUUUAGACGAUCGAGACACAAAUCUAUCUAAUACUAUUGCUCAUUCGAAUACAGAAGUAAUUCAUUCUUCAAAUGAACAAAAGUCAACCGGUUUAAAUCUUUCAUCACCAACAACUGAAGCGGAUCAUCGACUGGAAAAAGUGAAUCACUGUUGUAACGAGUUGACACAUCGUUCUAAUUCUGUAGAUUUAGCUACUUCAAAUAGUUCACGUACUCAAAACAAUGACAAACAGUUGGUUUCAACUUCAGUUGGAUCAUCAUGUCAAGAAAGGACUAUUGUUGUAAACAAAAGUCCGGAAGAACCCUUGGGUAUAUCAAUUGCUGGAGGACGUCAUUCACAACGUGGAGAUACACCUGUGUAUGUAACAAAUAUUAGUUCGGAGUGUGUGCUGGGUCGAUCAAAAUCGGUUCAACGAGGUGAUAUUUUGCUGGAAAUAAAUGGUGUAGGUUUAGUUGGUCUAACUCAUCAUGAAGCUGUGGAAGUUCUUAGACGAAUUAGUUCAAUGCAAACACAUGUACAACUACGUUUGAUUACUGCUCCUGAGACAAGUGAAGGUCCGGAGAAUUUCAUGCCAUCUUGGACAUAUUGGCUUCGAUUACCGCCAGUAUGUCAACUUGCUCGAGUUAUACUCCUUCGAAGAGAAACCAGUACUCCUAGUUAUAAUGAUGGCUCUAUCUCUCAACCGCUUGGUUUUAGUAUUGUUGGUGGUCUAGGACAUGAACAAACUGCAACAGUUCAAGUGAAUUCAAAUAGUUCAGAUGAAAAAUCUAGCAAAUUAUCUCCAAAAGUAUCCACUAAAUUGGGUUACUCAAAUCUAUAUCCCUCUCCAAUUGUGAUAAAAUCUAUAGUUCCUGGUCUUCUAGCCCAUAAAGACGGUCGAUUAAAAUGUGGUGAUCUAAUCCUAGCUGUGAAUAACAUAUCCAUGCUUAAUAUUCGUCAUUCAUCGGCAGUUCGUUUAUUGAAACAGGCAUCAGGAGAUGUCGUUUUACAAGUGAUUUCUUGGCCUGGUACAAUUGUUUAAAUUAUUAUCAUCAUCAUCAUCAUUAUUUUACUUUAAUUAAUGACAAUUUUUUGGCUCUUAUUACUGCCUAUGUAAGAUACUAAUUUAUUCACUGGGAUCAAAGAAAAUACAGCUGAAUUCUUAUUGGUAUCAUGCAUUAUUAUUAAUUAUUAUUAGUAAGAUGAUAUCAUGUGUUCCUUCUAUCUUAAUUUUUUGAUUUUGCCAAUAAUCAUGCAUUUCAAUAGUGGAAUAAUUGUCUAUAGUCUGGUAUGUAUGUGUCUCGUUGUCCACUUUCAACCCAACUCUUUGUUGCUUUUCUUUCAAAGGAUGUUUUUUUUCUCAUAGUAAAUAAGUGCACACACGCCGCAACAUAUUCAUAAAUGUCUCUAUAAUUCCUAUCCUAAAUCAAUAAUAUGACAUCCGGUGAUAGUAUACAUUUGCUUAAAACAUAAAACACCUCUGUUCAUAAUUUUUUUUUCCAUCAUUCAUUAGUUGUGAUUCAUUUCUGCCUGUGAAUGUUGAUAUGUAUGUGUGUGUGUGUGUGCGCGCGCUCUCUCUCUCUCUCUCUCAGAAAACCUCUUGUAUCUUCAAUUUAUUUUAGAUUUAUUCAUUAUUGGAGAAAUAUUUGUCUUCCAGUACACUAUAUCGUGAUUUAUUUGUGUAAAUGUUUUCUGUUUAUUCUCCUGUUGUAUUGUAUUUUAUUUUAUUUUUUCAUUUCAAGCAUUUUAUUCUCAAUCUUUUCUGUAUUCUUAUAGCUAUUGUUAACAAUAAUUAGCGUUAGUAUAAUAAUAUUCAGAUUCUUUUUUUUCUUAAAAUAUAACUUAGAUUAUAUACACAUACAUUUAUAUAUUCAUCAAUCAAUCUAUUUACAUUAUACAUAAUAUACUGCAAUCAGACCAUAAAAAAAAGAACGAUUUCACCCGAAUAUUCAAAUGGUCACGAUAAGCAUUUUUUUUCUCUCACACUCUCUUUAUUAUGUCGUUCUAUUUCACGUGUUGUUUUAAACAUAUUCUUGAUAAAUUAACAUAAAAAGAGAAAAUCAUACUUAUUAAUUGUAUUUAUUCUACUACACACUUUAGCUUGCUUCCCUAUCUGACUAUACUAACCAUCAGUACUGUUACAAUAAUAAUUGAAUUUGUAAGUGACUAAUUUAUAUUCAUACAAUGAAUUUUAAGUAAACUAAUUUCAUUAAUUAAAACAAUCUAUUCUAAUGUUCUUUUUUCUAAUCAUUUAAGUUGAAUACAGUCAUGCAUAAUGAUGAUUUAAGGUUAUGUUCUGUUAAAAUUCUGAUGUAACUGACAAUGG